CAAAUCCGCCGCACAUACUGCCUUCCUGACCAAAAUGGCGGCACACCCAAUCGUUGAGUACACCUCGGCGUCGUCGUGGGCUCUGAUCGAAGACAAGCUGUCCCCGUUCGCGAAGGAGACCCUCGCGAAGCUCAUCAAGUUCUUGGAGGACGAGGUGUACCCCGCGAUACGUGUCGCACACGCCCAGAUCCCGACGGACCCCGAGGCGCGCUGGAAGACCGUCAUCCCCGUUGUCGCGGAUCUCAAGGAGAAGGCGAAGAAGCUCGGACUCUGGAAUCUCUUCCUCAGCAAGGCGCACUACCCCGAAUUUGGUGUCCCUCUCACGAAUCUCGAGUACGGUGUCAUGGCCGAGCUUCUAGGCCGCGGUGGACAGAUCGCGUCUGAGUCUGUCAAUUGCUCUGCUCCCGAUACCGGAAAUAUGGAGGUGCUUGCGCGUUACGCGUCACCCGAGCAGCAGAAGAAGUGGCUCGUCCCUCUUCUUAACGGAGAGAUCCGUUCUGCCUUCUCCAUGACUGAACGAUUUGUGGCCUCGUCGGACGCGACCAACAUCCGAACCACCAUUCGCCAGGAGGGCAACGAGAUCGUCAUCAACGGACACAAGUGGUAUAUUAGCGGGGCGGGUGACCCGCGCUGUGCGCUGCACCUCGUGCUUGGCAAGAGCGACCCGGAAAAUUCGGACAAGUACCGGCAGCAGAGCAUUGUCAUUGUCCCAGCCAACGCUCCCGGCGUGAAGGUCAUCCGUCCCAUGGGUGUGUUCGGCUACGACGACGCUCCUGAAGGCCAUUGCGAGGUCAUCUACGAAAACGUCCGUGUUCCCAUCGAGAACCUCGUUCUUGGCUGGGGCAAGGGCUUCGAGAUCAUUCAAGGCCGUCUUGGACCUGGCCGUAUCCACCACUGCAUGCGCUCCAUUGGUGCCGCCCAGUACGCGCUGGAUCUGUUGCUCCAGCGCGUUACAAACCCGGCGAAGAAGACAUUCGGCAAAUACUUGUAUGAGCACGGCACUGUCAUUGCCGACAUUGCGAAGUCGCGCGCUGAGAUCGAAUCGGCGAGGUUGCUGGUGUACAGUGCUGCCCUCCAGAUCGACAAGGCGAAGGCGAAGGGCGCCCUCAAGGAGAUCGGUAUUGCCAAGUUCGUCGUUCCUUCCAUGGCGUGCCAGGUCAUCGAUCGUGCCAUCCAGGCGUACGGCGCGGAGGGUGUCAGCCAAGAUACCCCUCUUGCUGCCAUGUACGCUGGUCUGCGCACGCUCCGUAUCGCCGACGGACCCGACGCAGUGCACAUCCAGCAAGUUGGCCAGCGCGAACUCAAGCGUGCUCCAGCGCUCGUCGAGCGCCAGGAGGCUAUCCGUAAGAAGGAGAAAGCCGCUGCGGAGCACUACAAGGUCAAAGUGCAUUUGUAGAAUGUGCAGACUAUGUAGGUUGUAUUGAUUGUACACACUCGAAGGCGGAUUUACCUACUGCCUGUUCUCAUGCUACCCUUGUUGACUGCCACCAGGAUUGAAUUUGGCUUACAGAAUCUACUGGUUUGAGCAACGUCCCUCCCGUUCCAUCGCGCUAUUCAGAAUGUAAGGUCC